CGGGGCGGGGAAGGAGGGAGGGUCAGUUGGGAAAUGGUGGCAUCUGUGUGCGGGUUCUGUGGCGCGGGAUGUGUAUAGUGUCUUGCAUAUUUCUCAGGAAUUGGUAAUUUGUGAAAACACAAGGAACAGUUAAGAGCCGUGCUUUGGCAGCAUACGAUAAAAAGUGUUUGGGCUUCUGUUGAUAACAAAAAAGGAAAAGCAUAGAAGAAACAAACAAAACAAAUAACAAGAGAUGGAAGGACUGGUAAUGCAAAAAAGAUAAAAGGACAGAUAUGGAGUAUUGAUAACACAGCGGGAAAGAAAGGAAGGAGGAAAGAGGGAUACGGAAAGAGAGAGAGAAAAAAAGGAAAAACAUAAGGUAAAGGAAAAGCAGAAGGAAAGAAUAAAGUGGAAAAAAUACCACUCCUCUCUAAGAAAAAAUAACUAAAUAGAUACCACAAAACCCCGAUAAAAGAGAGGACAGAUGUUGGCUGCCGAAGGAGUGUGACAGAACCCCAAUGAAGAUGAUGUUGCACCGAGGCGGAGGAGAGCACUGGUGCCCUCCCUCAGAGCCGCCCAUACCCUGCUCGCCCUGCACCCACCCGUACCCGCCCUACUGGACCAUUGGCAGGGUGAAGUUUGGCGUAUCGCUAGAGCAGGUGUGCAAGAAUGACAUCCCCGGGCCCUUACUGGUGCUCAUCCUCAAGCUUAACAAAGAGGGGCCAACCAAGAAGGACGUGUUUCGUGCCCCAGGCCACCAGGGGUCCAUGAAGAAGCUGAUCCAUUUCUUGCAGAAUGGACGCCUUGUCAAUAUCGACAACUUCUCGGUAUACACAAUUGCGUCCGUCCUCAAGAAAUUUCUCCGGAAACUGCCUGAGGGCAUUUUCGGGCGAGAGGGCGAGCAGGAGCUGUUUUCGAUCAUCCAGCUGUCAGACACAGAGCAGCAGCGCGACCACAUCCACCGCCUCAUCACUUCAAUGCCAGUCGUCACUCAACACCUCCUGGUCCUGCUCUUCGGCACCUUUCGGGUCAUAGCCAUGAACGCCACAAGAGCACAGACAGGGAUGACGUCGGAGGCUUUGGGUGUGUCGGUUGCGCCCUCCUUCUUCCAGUCGUGCGUGGCAGAUGGCAAGACAGCACGUAUGGAAGACGUCAUGCGCUUCAAGGCAGAGGUUGAUGUGGCUACCCAGAUAAUGAAGUUUCUCAUCGACAACUUUGGGGUGAGCAACCUGUUCGGGAGGGCCAACUAUGAGUAUUAUGCGCGCAUCACAGGAAGAAUACUCAAGGUAGAAGAGGACUGGAUAUUCGCGUUCAGAUACCCACCAGACAGUUUGGUUCCACGCCAGCGUUCUAUUGAAGCAGAAAAAACCUGGCUUCAGUAUGAGUCGGAGCGCUGGGGCCUCAAGUUCAACCUUGAAGCAAUGGCUGGGCAGGAGGAAUCACAGUCGACACCAGCCCUGAUUCACAUCCCAGAGAGCACCAGUGGCUUACCGUUGGUAGGUGGGGGGAGCAGUGAGAUGGGAGCAGUAGGUGGGGGUGGAGACCCACUAGCUGGUGUGCCAGAAAAUAACUUGAGGGAAUCGUGUACCCGGCUUUCUAUAUCGCUUGAAGAGAAUGGAUUGUACAAGGGUAAUGGGGAGGACCUCAGCAGCGGCAGUUCCCACUCCGCUCUUCACAUGACGUUGGAUGAGCUGCGGCAAGUCAACCGCUACGCAGAGAGUACCAAGAGCCUUUCCUACCUGCCACAGGUACACGAGAGACAGACAGAACGAAUGCGCACAAGAAGCGAGUGGUUCCUGUCACACUCCCCACAUGGAACUCCUCUCACACCAGUGGAUGUAGAGUGUCAGCCUCAUGCAGUUUAUAUUCUCCGAUCUGGCUCAAUCAAUCGGCCUCCCUCAGGUGGAGGCAGCAGUGAAAACGUGGGAAGCUCAGUGAGACGGACCUCAAGCAAGGACAAGGAUAGGAAAUUGGUCCGACGAUCCUCGAGCAAAAAGGACAAGGAAAACGGUCAGAAAGGUUCAAGGGAAGGUCGUCAAGCGCAGACGUGAAGACCCCUCCGCACGCGGGAGACUAUAUGUCGAGCCCACGCAGGAGAGCAACUCCGCCUGUACCUGACCCUUCCCCUUCCCUCACAGACCAUGACUGCACAGAGACUGAUGUCCAGAGAGUGCAUGUCUCCCUCACAUAUAAGCCGAGGAUAUGAGGCCAAGAAAAGGACGGGGUGGAAAAGGGGCUCAUCAUUCAAGUAAGGUGUCACCAUCCACCAGAUCGUCUUGAUUGCGAAAGCCAAGGGGAAGUCAUUGAUGGAGAGGUGGUGGAUAAUGGUUUUCACUUGCUUGACACAUCCAUAGGCACUGCCAUGAUAUCAUCACCUUCUGGAGAGGAAGUGGAGGCAUCUGCUGCUUUUUGUCAUCUGUACCACUGGUUGACUCAGGAUAAGGGGGCAGCUGUUGAAACUAUCUUCAUGUGAAUCCAAGACUUAUGAAUGUACUCAGUUGUAUGUGCAAGCAGUGAAUAAUUAAAAAUUAUAUUCAACCAAGGAUCAAAAUAUGUUAAAAUCGUCCUUCAUCCAGUAUUGUCUGACAGUUUGUGAGUUCUGGCCACAUUUGCCCUCCUACUGCCAUGGGACUUGUGUAGCAUUAAGUUUUUGAUGACCAAGGCUCUUGAGUUAAGAUGUUGGUGUGCGUCCAAAGUACAAAUGAGCUUGAGGUUCCCAGGUCAUGACAUGGACUGGUUGUGAUACAGAGAAACACAUUGUUGGAUCUUGCUAGUCAUGCCACCGCCAAAGAAUUGUAGCACAGAUUGCAGUGGUUCCAGUCCUGCUUUGAUAGCAUCUACCAUUCACAAAAUAAUUUUCAAGUACAAGUGACCAAGGCUUUAACUGCUGGUACCACCUUUCACAUGUGAUUCGGCUGUCUCAUGUUACAGCAACCUCAAGUCCACAAGCAGACAUGACCUUAGCCAACAGAAUGACGUGCCUGGCUGUUGUAUUGCUCUUUUGACUCCAGUCCUUGAGAAGGGACUCUGUAUGUGUACCUGUCUAGAUACUUCUUGCUUCUCAAUGUGCGGGCAUCCACUGGGAAGCAGCACAUUCCAUUGUACAUGUCACAAAAUUUGGACCUCAUGUCUGAUCUGCUGGCACAAGAGCUAGCCUAAAGUGUGAGGUUGAAAACCAAAGUGAACUGGAAAAAGCAAAAACAAAAUAAUAUAAUUCUAAAAAUAAUGAUAAUAAAAAUAAGAAAGAGCCAAAGUUAAUUGAAUUGUCCAUACACAUGCUGUUGACUGGGUCAGUGUAUGCAAACAUUCCGUCUGAAUCUGGAGAUUAGGUAGAGGAUAUGUUUCCUGUGCAUAUAAACUGUGUAUCCAAGAUUUGCCACCUCCUCUGCACAUGUCCAGUCUUUUACCAAUGUGUGCUCAUUUAGUCAUUUCUGAUAAAGACUGUCAAUCUAAAUAAUGACUAAGUAGAACCUGAGUGGAUAAGUUUCCUUGAUCAUGGUAUUGCUUGAAGAUAUGAAAGUUAACAAGUGUCUCUGUUUGCUGUUGAUUAUUAUAAAAAUAAAAUAAAAAAGAUGUAUACAGUAAAUUGUGUGUGCAGCAGCAGCAGCUCCUCCGGGGAUAUGUAGCGGAGGUGGUGGUGAAAAGUGAUGUAUGUGUCAAGGUAUGAUCCAGUGGAGGGACCCUAGAUAUCAGUAUCACUGCAAGGCUCAAGAAAUACUCUCUUCUAGGCCUGCCACACCUCACUAGGCAGGAUGCCCAAAUGUGCACGUUUUUCACUGGAGUAAAAUUUAAACUGCAACGGCUGUCCACCCCUGUUUUCUGAUGCGAGCCUCCACACUGCCAGCAUGGUGAAUGUGUAGGGUUUAUAAUUUUUUCAGAAACAUUUUUAUUAUUGGAAAUGCAUAGGGGACCUAUCAACUUUGAUAAACACUGCCAUUAGCAACACCCCAGGGACAAAGAAACGUCGUUUAGUGAAUGUAGGAUGACCACUUAGUAAGAACUGAUAAUCAAUACUGCCCAGAAAUUGGUGAUGGCUGGCAGGCCACUUAAGUGAAAAAGAAUAAAAAGUAAAUAAAAUUAUUAAAAAAUCACCUAAAAAAACACACAAAAAUAUCCAUUAAAAAAUCUUAAAAAACAGACCGGGCAAGUAAGGGGCGACAAGCCAAACGUCUAAGGUGUCAGCAGCAUGCACAGCAGCCGGUCACCUCACACAAGUGACAUCCAUGUGUUCCUACCUCUUCCUUUGCUGCUGGGACACGAUGACCAUUGGCAAGUGUACUCCAGGUUAAUGGUUUUACUCUGUCUGCAAUCUUGUGUAUGCUUUGUACUGCUAUUAGUAUAUUAAGUCCCUUUGUGGGGAUACUGUUCAUUGAGAAUUAUAUAAAUGAAUUAAAUUUUAAAAAUUUUAAUUGGAUCAACCUGUCAAAAAGAAAUUAGAAUUUCAUUACGCCAUAGUGCGUAUGAUAUGGGUGGGGAAUCAUUAAAAAGUUCAUAGGAUGAAAUUUACGUACUGUAUCUUUUUUCCACCUCUGGUCUCCUAACCUGUGAUUUCAGUCGUACACACUUUUAACAUGUUGCAUGUUUAUCAACACUGUAUUAGUAGUAAGCUUAUUUGUAGAGUUUUGUAUGUGGGUGAUGUGGUGGGCAUGUGAGUAGUGGGUUAUAUUAAGAGGUUGGUGCCAUGCUUCCAGGGCUGCAUAAAUACAUGCUUGUCAAGUUAUGCAAACAUUGGCCAAGGAGCACAUUGUACUAGUGCAAAGAAAACCAUGCCUGUAACCUCCCAGUGAGUUCAUAGUUGUAAUCUCAACUUCAGACACAUUGACAGGAAUGUCCUUGGUAAGGAUGUAUGUUGCCCCCUGUUUGCCAUGGCCGGGCACCGUCGACUGGGGGUCCUCCAUCGGGCUCAGGGAGGCCUCACACUUGACCCGACUCCCAAACCCCCUCGGCAGCAACCCUUACUCACACUGUCGUCUACAUACCCUUUCUCCCACCAUUUUGUAUCUUGUACUCAUAGUUUUGCAUUUUUAAUUGUAUGUACACUUGAUUCUGUAAUGAAUAUGCUUUUUUAAAUUAUUGGUGACCUUGAAUAAAUGAAAAGUUUCUC